AUGUCCAACGGGACACCUUACUUUCUGCCCGCCGAAAAGGCCCAGGGACUGGCCAACUACCCCCACGCCCGCUUCGCGCCCACAAUCGCGCACCGCACCCUCUACGUCUCGGGCACCUCAUCACGGCGCGGCGACGGCACCUGGGACGGCGUGACCGAACACGCAGACGGCACCUGGACGCUCGACAUCCGCGCUCAAACAGCCGCCGUACUCCGCAAUAUCGAGAGUAUCAUCCACGGCGCGACGGACGGCCGCGGCGGGCUGCAGAACAUCGUCGACGCGACGGUAUUUCUGAUCGAUCUGCCGCAGAACUACAGCGGAAUGAACGAGGAGUGGAACAAGAUCUGGCCGGAUCGGGCGAGUGCACCAGCCAGAACAACGAUUGGAGUCAAGGAGCUGCCGAAUCCGAGGUUGUUGGUGGAGAUCAAAUGCACAGCAGUGGUGGCGCUGGAACUAUGA